AUGCAUCCCAACAAGCACGGGGCCCUCCCGAAUGGGCAGUUUGCUCAAACGGGGACUGAAAACACCGGUCCUGCCAUUACUCGACCGUUCACAUUACAAGAAUCGCUUCCUUACUCACCACAGACCUCGACGAUUCCCUUCAUUUCUGACAUCAUCCCCGAUCCCGUCCUAGGUUCCGGUUCUCCUGCUCUUCCUUUGACCGACUUGUUUCAAUUCCACGAAUUCGAUAGCCUGAACAGGGAAGCCGCCGGCCAAGCCCAGAUGCCGCGCAACGUCAAACAAGCCGUGGACCAUGUCCUGCAAGACAUUAAGCCCAGUCAGCGAACGCACUACAAGUUCACGACCAUUUCAAGAACGAAUUCAACCCCUUCAAAUGGCAAGAGCCUUAUUGGAGACUUGUCGCCGAUUACAAGAAGUGUCUUCGAUAAGGUGGGAGGCUACUUCAAGACGACGAAACCUGUCAUCUCCGAGACUAAACAACUCAACGGCCAAGCUGGAGGUCACUCGACACCCAAGCAACGCUCGUCCUCGAUCAACUCACCAAAUCCUCCACAACCGCAUAACCUACCAGCCCAUAAUUCCCAGGCACACAAGUCAAACUCUAUCAGAAUCGAAGUUGCUAUACCGUCCAAGAGACAGUUCGAUCCAUCUGCAUAUGUCGAUGUGAAGGAUAUGCCCCAGCAGGAGGCUCCUGCAGCCCGUCAUGUGCAACAACAACGCCAGCAACAACAAGCACAGCCCUUGUCUCUACCUUCAGAGCCAAUAGUGCAAUCUCCUGCCGACACUGCUACAGAUGUUAAUCAGAAUGGCGCAUUUCGAAUUGAACUUCAUCGUGCGAAUAUCAACCGAGAGGAAUACAUCGAGGUCGAAGAGAGGCCGGAAGACCCUCAUCAUCUAUCUGUCCGAAAGCAAGGCCAACAAGGCUACUCCGAUAGCCAGGAUCUUCUUGGGGAGAGCCUCGAUCAACGGCAGCGUAGUGAGGCAGCUCUCCACGCGCUUGACAAGCUUGUACGCACUGUCUUCAACUCAGUAGGGCGAGCGCUUGCAGGCGAACCGGGCCAGGAAGAAGUCGUCUCCAUGACACCUGAUCAAGAGGUUGCUAUGACCGCCUCUUCUCAACAGAAGAUGCAUGGUGCGAUUCAGAAGACGAUCACGCUCAAGUGUUUCGAUCAGGUCCCCGUAGAACAUUUGGCCCAUGUCAUGAGACUGAGUGAUGCCAGAUUGAAACAAGUUGAAAAUCUGGAGAUACGCAUUGACGAGAGCUGGAAUGAGGAUGCCGUCGACGCAUGGACACAACAGCUUUCAGAGGUGGAGACAAUCUUGAAGUCAGCUCGUACUUGUCUUCGCAUUCUCUCGGGUGGACGAGAGGACAAGCAACUUUACUCAGAAAGUGUCAUUCAGAGGAGCGUGGAUAUUUUCAGAAAGGUUACUGAGGAUAUCGUCAUGCCUCUUGUGGAACUUCGGCCAUCAGGACCCGCUUCAGGCGUUUUCAAGCUGCUUUCGAAGAACAAGAAACCCAUUACAACCGUCUUCCUCUGCUGCCAGAAGUUGUUUGCAUUACUUGCGGAACUCGUGACCAAGAUUGAGCUCUCAGAAUCCGUCAUCAACUCGCUUGAAUACACGUCCUCCCGUCUCAUUUUCUUGGAGAAUGCAUACUUCGAGAAAGAUUCUGUGGUGGGAGUUCAAAAGUUUGACGGACUUCGGUCUGUUGCAAUGGACAUGCUUUCCCAAAUUUUCCUGAUCAAACCUGAGCAGCGUCAAGGCAUCAUUGAUGAAAUUCUUACGUCUCUCGAAAAGCUGCCGGUUGGGAAGCAGAGCGCUCGCCAAUUUAAACUUUCAGAUGGAGGAAGUAUUCAACCUGUCUCUGCUUUGAUCAUGAGGCUGGUCCAAGCCAGCUCUGGGCGAGUGGAUAACAACAAGAAGCGGAAUCGUAACAAGCUUUUGCGAAACAUCGACGGGGAGGAGGAAGAGGGUUCCGAUGAUGGUGACGAUCGCGAACCCUCUGGGGUCAAGCAGUUUGUUUCCUCCAUUAAGAGUGAGGUGCAAGGCGCCAAACAACACGCUGUUGCGAUCAAAGAUCUCGAGAUUUCAGUUGCUCCACUCUCUGACGCGGCGCAGCGCAAUGCCUCGUACGUGAUAAGCUUCAUUAUCAAGCGUGCAGUCGGUUCCACCAAAUCUGGAGAUACCCCUUACCGAAACCUUCUUGAUCUUUUCGUAGAGGACUUCACCACUUGUCUUGACUCGCCAGACUGGCCGUCAGCUGAACUACUGCUUCGCCUCUUAAUGAUUAUGAUGGUACAGCUUUUCGAGGCUCCCAAGACUGCUGCUCCAGCGAAGAACAUGGCUUUGGAGUUGUUGGGAGGAUUGAGUGCUGCUAUCUCCCGUCUUCGUUCUCAUGUUCAGAGACUCACGAGCUCUUUCGAGGGCAAUGACGCUGAUGACAUAUCCCGAUAUCUUGCUGAUAUUGCCAAUCAAUCUUUAGAGCACAAAACUCGUGUGGAACAGCUUGUUGCCUGGACGGGACCAUACCGAGUUGUCCUGGAGCAUGUUCAGAACAGAAGUAACGAAGAUCCCCACUUAUCAAGUGCUAUCUCGUUUCUGGUUGCCGGUUGGGCGUCCCAGGUACACAAUGGCUACGACACUUACCAAGAAGGAGACGAUGAGCGAGAUGAGGAACUUGGACGCUUAGCUUAUCGUUUGAGGAUGAUGAUUGAGGAUCGCAGAUGGCUUGUCAACGAGUACACAUUCAAGACCGUUUCGACAGCACAAGCCAAACUGUCGUACUCAAUCGUUCUACUGCGCUCACCUCUUUGUGAAGCUUUUAGUAAGAUUCUCAACAUCCUCCUUAGCUCUAUGGCCAGUGAUCAGGCCACAGUCCGGAGUAGAAGUCUAAAGAGUGUUAACCAAGUUUUGGAGACCGAUCCCUCAAUCUUGGAUGGCGACUCGACCGUCAUUGACCUGAUACUAGACUGCGCUGGAGAUUCGUCUAUACAAGUGCGAGACUCUGCUCUCGGAUUGCUUGGUAACUGCAUGACUAUGCGACCUCGCCUGGAAACAUCGCUCACACCAAUGAUCGUCAACCGGUUCCAAGAUAACGGUCUAGGUGUACGGAAGCGCGCUAUGAAGCUUACUCGGGAUAUCUAUCUUCGCAACCCAAGCAAGACACUCCGUAGUAUGAUAGCGAAUGGGUUACUGCGUCGAGUGCAAGAUCCGGAUGAAGGUGUUCGCGAUCUGGCCCGCCAGAUGAUCGAGGAGGUUUGGUUUACGCCAUUUUAUCAAGACGAGGGGACCGCCGUGUACCAAACAUCGCUCAACGAGCACGUUUCACUCGUCAUCCAAACGGUUAAGUCCGGCACUGUUACCGAGAUGCUCGACAAAGUGUUUCGCUCAAUCUUGAAGCCCAAAGAUAAAUCUUUGAGCGGGCCGUUUACGGUCUGUACCAAGCUUGUCGCGAAUAUGUUUAGUCUGAUCGACAACCUUGAUACGGAUGACCCAACAGUUCCAUCUGGUCGCGAUGCGUUACAAGUGCUUACCAUCUUUGCAAAUGCCGAGCCCAAGUUGUUCAACUUCGAGCAGAUCCGUCUUUUGAAGCCACAUCUUGCCAACUUCUCCAAGCCUGAAGAGCUGGUUGCCUUCCGACAUGUGACCAUCAUCUAUCGCCGGGUGUUGCCCACUCUAUCUAGCGUUCAUACGGAAUUUCUUUCUGAGGUGCGCAACUAUCUGUUGAAAGCCCUGUCCAAGGUUAACCAGCGAAACCCCUUGGAUGAUCUGGUUGCUUGUACACAGGUCGUUUGUGGCCUCCUGAACGUGUAUACCCCUCUAGUGAGUGGCCUGCUAUCUAGCAUGAUCAAACUCGAUCAGAUACAAGCGAGACCCAUAGACCAAACUGCGAUCACGCUUACCUAUGGGUACAGUCUGAUCAUCGGGAUGAUUGCGAAGCAUUGCAAACUGGACGACUGGACUUCCAUCUUCAAAACCAAGUUUCCUAAGUGGAAGGGCGAUUCAGUUCCUAUGCUUGCGAUCGAGAAGCUAGCACCUCUCGUAGCACCCUCCAAGCCACUCGAAAUUCGCAAGUCAGCACUUGACGCCCUCGGAUUGAUCUGCCAAGCAUGGCCUCGCAAUUAUGUGGUUCCUAAGCUGUAUACGUUGUUUGAUCAGAUUUUCAAAGAGCAGAUACCAGUUCUUGAGGUGUUGAUUUUGAGAUCAAUUCGCGAGUUCCUUCUUGCCGAAGAGAAACGAUCCGAAACCGCAGCGGAAGCUCCAGCUGGAGGCAAGAAGAAGGAACUGACAGUUAUGGGAGGGACCAACUUCGACGAUGUCGCCAGUGCAACCUCUCAAAGAUUUCUGAAGCAUGUAUCGCGCAUCGCAGUUUCCAGCCAGGGCGAUCAUGCUUUCCUUGCUACGGAGGUUCUUGGUAGCAUCAACCGACAGGGAUUAACGCAUCCCAAAGAGACUUGUGUUACCUUGAUGACUCUCGAAACAUCGUCGAACCGCAGGAUUGCGGAGCUGGCAUUUUCUGAGCACCGAUAUGCGCAUGAGAAACACGAGACUGUGCUUGAGCGAGAGUAUGCCAAGGCAGUGCAGUCAGCUUUUGCUUACCAGAGAGAUGUCGUGGAGGAUACUCGCGGUGCAACAACAAAUCCCUUCCAGUCCAAGCUACAUUUUAUGAUCGAGGUACUCAAGAUCAGCAAAAUGAAGAAUCGUCAGCGCUUCCUGGACAAGCUUUGUGGUCAGUUGGACUUCGAUUUCGCCAAACUAGACACGAGUGAAGAAGUCCCAUACCAUAUGGCAUUUGCGCGAUUUAUCACCGAGAACUUGGCCUUCUUCGAAUACCAGACAAUCGGAGAACUUCAAACGACGGUUAACGCGAUUGAAAAAUUGGUGACUAGCACUGGCGCUCCUAUCGCCCAGGCUAUCGAGUCCGAAGUUUUCAACGUUACUGUGGAUGCAUUACAGUUAGCAGCGCCUGAUGCCCCUGAGACAGUAUCUCAGCCCAUGACCGACUCGAUGUCCGUAACAGCACCUCCAGAGGGGCAGCCCGCGCCAAUGUUGGCGAUCGCAUCCACCCUUGAGCCCGGCCACCUUCGCAAGCUUACAACAGCGUCUAUCAUCCUGUUGUCAAUGUGGGAAACGCGAACAUAUCUGCGCCGACUCUAUGGAAUGGGGAUAAGCAGGCACGACAGCAAGGCGAAGGCACUGGCCAAGGAUCUCAAUAAAACACCAGUGAAGGUCCAAGGCGUUCACGGAGACAAGGUCUGGGAAGAGAUCGAGUCUCAUAUGGCUGGGCUUCAAGACCAACAGCGAAUGAUCCAGAAAUGCACGGCACUUGUGGAACUCCUCAACGUGGACAAAGAAUUCAAGGUCGCUGAUGAUGGCGAACAAAUGGAUAUGGGACCGUCAACUCCGAGUGCAGAUGAGGACGAGGACGGCGAUGGCAUGACGGAUAGAGGACGCAAACGAAAGGGUGGACAUACGCCAGUCAAUUCCUUCAAUAUCAAGCGCCAAGCUCACACCUUGAGUCGCACCAGCACCGACCAGUCCUGGAACCCUUUCCGUCACGUCGCCUGGAAGCGCCCAACACGCGCCUUCUCUGACGCCGGCCUUGAGAACCAGCAGAACCGAGGCGCACGAGAUAACACAGUUGGCGAGCAGCUCGCACACGCUUCCUCCGAGCCUGGACGAAGUGGGCCUCCUAGAGAGUGGUCAACAGCAGAGACUAUGACCGACAUGAGGGGGAGCAAAGAAGCUGAUUACGACAGAGAGAAAAUGGCCGGCGGCUCGCCCAUUGACGGAACCGACGACAUCCCUAUUUCACAGCGUUCACUCGUCGGAGAUGAGAAUCAAUUGCGAAACAGGAAGCGCGAAGAGGCCGUGGCCGCCGCAGACAAUAACAUUGACCUGGAAAAGAGUAAACUCAAGAAACGAGAGUCAACCAAGAUUUUCAAAAAGGUCGAACCCAAGGAGCCAUUUACCGUUAGGAAUCAGCUCCAGAGAACCUUCCUCAACUCAUAUAUCAAUAUCCUUCUCAUCGCCGCCCCGGUCGGCAUCGCCCUCAACUACAUCAAAUCCGUCAACCGAACCGCCGUCUUUGUUGUAAACUUCAUUGCAAUCAUUCCUCUGGCCGCCAUUUUGUCAUUCGCUACAGAAGAAAUCGCUUUGCGCACUGGAGAGGUUCUGGGAGGUCUCAUCAAUGCCACCUUCGGAAACGCCGUCGAGCUUAUUGUGGCCAUUCUGGCUCUGGUGGACGGAAAAGUCAUUAUCGUGCAGACGUCUUUGGUUGGCUCCAUUCUGAGCAACCUUCUACUCGUGUUGGGUUUCUGUUUCUUUUUCGGUGGUCUCCGUCGUGAGGCUCAAUACUUCAAUGAGACCGUGGCGCAGACAGCGGCUAGUAUGCUUGCUCUGGCGGUUGCGUCUGUUAUCGUUCCCACCGUUUUCGACCAAGCCAGAGACACACCGGCCGCUAAUGUGGCUCGGCUCUCACGAGGCACUGCUGUGAUUCUCCUUAUUGUCUAUGCUGCAUAUCUUAUCUUCCAGCUCAAAACUCACCAGAGCACUUUCGCCAAAGAGAGUCAAAAAGUGGCUGCCAAGCCAUGGUCGCACGGCGCUGGUGGCAAUAUUCGCCAAGGAGUUAUGGUUCCAGGUGCUCUCGUUGGCGGCGGUAUGACUGGCCCUGAAGAGAAUGAGCGUCUCUCUCAGAUGCUUAUGAAUCCCCACCGGCUUCCUAAAACGGAGGAGGAGGAGGAUGAAGAGGAAGAACCCCAACUGCACUUCUGGGUCGCUAUCGCAACCCUCACAAUUUCCACGAUCUUCAUAGCGCUCUGUGCCGAAUUCAUGGUUGAUUCUAUCGAUGCUGUCACAAAAACUGGAGGAAUUUCAGAAGAAUUCGUUGGUUUAAUCCUUCUCCCGAUCGUGGGGAACGCAGCCGAGCACGCAACCGCUGUGACGGUUGCAAUUAAGGACAAGAUGGACCUGGCUAUUGGCGUGGCAGUUGGCAGCUCCAUGCAGGUUGCCUUGUUCCUUAUUCCCCUGCUUGUUAUCAUUGGUUGGGGAAUGGGUAUGGACGACAUGAACCUGAGCUUCGACCUGUUCCAGGUGGCAACCAUGUUUGUUGCUGUACUCCUGGUCAACUACUUGAUCGCCGAUGGUAAGAGCCAUUGGCUAGAAGGCUGGCUCUUGAUAUGCCUCUACUCUAUCAUAGCUGUCUGUUCAUGGUGGUACCCAACGCAUUCUGACGAAUAG